AUGGCGCGAGCGAGAACCGAAGGCUUGGAUUGCAUCGCUAAAGGCGUAUAUCCGAUAUGUGUUAAAACGGUGGAGUUGGAUGUGGACGACGUGGAGGAGGACAAGUCCGUCGUCGCGUUCAAGCGGUUGCCUGCGGCCUACCGGCCCGAACGUGCCUCCACCUCCCUCUUGCCUCUAACCGCCACUCACGUUGCCGACGACACCAUGCCCCACCACUCCAAGCAUGGCACGCCCCAGCUGCCUGUCCCCGAAAUGCGCUUCGAGCAGAAAUACCUCUCCUCGAUAGCGCCCUACAUUCACACCGAAUACAAGCCUGUCGCCGAGCGAGAAACGUCUCUUUCCGAGGAAGAACACCUUGGCGGCGCGUACGAGAAGGUCGAAGUUCGGGAGAAGCAGCGCCAGCUAGUCAAAGAGACACGAGUGCAGUGGGGGCGCGUGAUACUGCGCACGACGUUCGACCAGGUCGUCAGUCCGAUGCUGCAGGGUCUGGUGUUGGCUGUUCUGGGUCACUGGAUAACACCGGUCUUGCAAGGCGUCCGGUCAGGCGUGAAGACGCGCGUGUCGAAUGUGGAAGGGUCUUUCUCCCGAGGGUUGAGAUCCCGGCUCAGGCUACAUCUUCGUCUCCUGACCCUCAUCUCCGCCUCUAUCAACAGCUCCACUACAUGCGAUACCGCCUCUUCUACCUGCAUCCCUGUCCGUGCCGACGUCUCGAAGAGCGUACAAUCGAACGCAUUCGCCAUGAAUAGCGCCUCUUCUCUCGCAACCACCCGCUCCGUCGCGUCGCACUGGGUCGCCACCAAGACGUAUGGGUGCGCUACCUUCACUCGCUUGAGAACCUUGCAGUGGGCUAUCAGGUCCUCGAAGCUAUGUCGCAUCCGGACCGAGUACAUCAAGAUGUAUGCGUCGCAAGCUCUGUGGACGUCGCGGGGUCAGCUGGCGAAGAUGUGGAAGAGAGGAAAGAGGGUGUCGUGGAUCACCACAUUAAUGGGGCCAAACUUUGUCUUGGCUGUCGUUAAGUAUCGUACAGGAAUAUACACCGUGGCUGCUCAGCACAAAAAUUACCGCGAGAAACGCGUCACAUACGCGCUGUCCGAACGCUGUCUUGCCCGCCCCAUAGUCCCCCAUGAGCAGGACCUUUCUCGCCGCGUCGUCCUCAAUCAGUCUGUUUGGCGUCAAGUGCAUGAGAAGUGUGGAACACCAGGAUCAGCCUCGAUGUGGAAGAGGCAAUCAGAAGGUUCAUGUCCCUUCAAUGCCGGCAAACGCCGCGAAGAUUCGCCUCCGCAUCGAUCAUCCCACGCCCCUCAAUCAUUCCCUCUUCCCACACUCAUGCAACGAAAUCGCCGCCACACCGUCUACGACCUCACCGCCCUCAAUCUCCACGAGGAUGGCUCCCGGCUCGACCUUGACGGUCAUCUGACGUCGCGGAGGGCGUUUGCGCAGCAGAGUCGGGCGGUGAGGGAUGCGCGGGGGAAUGUUAUCUCGCGGAGUCUUCCUGUGGUGCCGAGGGUGAGGCGGGCCAGGGCUGAGGAAGGGGAGGGGGAGGAAAUUGAGCUGGAUGGGGAGGCAACUCGACCAGCGGAUGAUGGUGAAGAACCUAUUGCUGGCCCUUUGAGGAAACGGAGACGGUUAAACCAACUUGAGGACCCAAAUUUGGGUCCCAACACCAGCGAUCUUGACCUUCCUUCCGGAGAUCUCCUCAAAUGCAUUCACCACUUCGCCAGCAGAUACUACACAGAGCGCGGCAUGCUGCUCAACGCCUCAAAAGACUACCGGCGCGAGCGGAAGGAACGCAGGCAGAAUGCGACACGUCAAGCAACCCGUACGCCAGAGGAAGAUGAAGGCGAGCCUGCGUUGGAAGAGCAAGGCGAAGAAGAACAUCCAGCCGUGGACGAACAUGAAGUUGACGAGGAGGGCACAAAUGCAUCUGCGCCACCGCCGCCAACGAAGCGGAGAAAAAGAGGCAAGGCAUACGCAGAGUCGAGCAAGCUUACGCGGGAUAUGUAUAAGGUCAUGGAUGGUUCUGCGUUGAUGGCGCUCGGCCUUCUAUUGCAAGAGCACAUUGCGCAAACGAUGGGUCUCAGCGCGUCUGCCAACUCACACGAUGCAGUGCCCAAAGCCGAGGAGACGGACGACUGGGAGGACGACAUGGCCAAAGUCGAGGAUGUUGCAGUAGAGGCGCCAGAGUCACCGCAGCCUGAACAAAGCGACCAGCUUUCCUAGCUACGCCCUUUAUCGUAAUUCUGUCAAAGAUACGUCACGCAAUCGUGGGGAGGCGAAUCAUUUUCGUGAGAUUGAAGCGUAGGAUAUCGUAUAUAUUACAACAGUGCGAUCGUAGUGCGUUGUCACUGUCAGCUGCAUCGACCGCAAGACACCGUGCGGUACCGUAAUUCGUACAA